AUGUUUGUACUAAUUAAUACGAACAGAAUAUUAAUCCCUGCCAGAGUGAAAUGCUCAUUCUAUUUCAAAAUUGGUGCGUGCCGUCAUGGUAAUAAAUGUUCACGACUUCAUAUUAGACCGAAGUAUAGUCAGACAAUCUUACUGAAUAAUUUCUAUAAAGGUUCAACAUCAAGCAGUACUGAUAAAUCGAAAGAGGAAUUGCAACGUGAAUUUGACGAGUUCUAUCGUGAAGUUUACAUGGAGAUAGACGGGCAAUAUGGACGUAUUGAUGAGAUGAACGUUUGUGAGAAUGUGGGCGAGCAUAUGCUUGGCAAUGUCUACAUCAAGUUCCGAUACAAAUGGUCAGCACUGCGUGCCGUGCGAUCUCUGAACAAUCGCUGGUUCAAUGGAUAUCCGAUUGACUGCGAGCUAUCACCUGUGGUUGACUUCAGAGAUGCGUGUUGUAGACAGUAUGAAAUGGGAGAGUGUAAUCGCGGUGGAUUCUGUAAUUUUAUGCACUUGAAGAAGAUCAGUUGGGGCUUGAAGCGGAAACUCAUUCAGAAAUGUCAUAAACAGCGAAGGAGAUACUCGAAGAAAUUCAAACGCUCUAACAGUGACAGCAACAGCAGCAGUAGCAGCAGCGAUUACUUCUCUGAUAAUGACAGCCUGCCCAAGAAAUAUCAACCCUCUAUCAGCUCAGAAGAGUCGUCGUGGUCGAUUGAUGAGGUGCACUCAUUAAAAGAAGAUCAAUCGAGCACAACACCUCUGGCAUUCAGAUCUGAUCGAUAUCCAUCUGAUCUCAGCGAUCAAUCUUCAUUCGAAACUGACUCUGAUUUGGAGGCACACAAACAAUUAAUACGCCGACAGAAAUGGGAAGAACUGCGCGACAAACUUCAUAUCGACGAGAAAUGGGAUGAGGAUCGUGAACAAAGCUUCAUAUUCAGUCUCUUAUAA